UCUGAUCCUCCAACCACACUGUCAGCCCAACCACCAACUGAUCCAACAACCAGACCACCAACAACAUCACCCUCCAGUCCAACAAUUCAAGCAACAACUCGACCAGUCACAACAGUAGAGCCUUUAAACUGCCAAAAUGGUGGAUAUAAUAAUGGAUUCAACUGCACAUGUCUUGUUGGAUUCAGCGGACGUGUUUGUGAAUUUAUUGAAACUGUUCAGCCAGAUUCUUUCAACAGGUCAGUUAUUGUUAAUGUGGUGAUCAAUGAGAAAUUUCAUGACAAUUAUGAAGACAAAGACUCAUCUGAAUACAAGGAGUUCGUAGGAACUUUCACUAACCAGAUGGAAAAGUAUUACUUGGAAAAGAAGAUAGAAAACUUUAAAGAAGUAGUGGUAACUAGUGUCAGCCGCGCUGUGGUCAGAUUGUCAGCACUGAUGAACAUUGUGGAAAGAUUAUCAGCUGAAGCCAUGGAUUUCUACAGCAUGACGCCAAGAGCAGAAGGCGUUAGUGUCACACAUGAUGUGGUUUUGGUGAUUCCAAACGAUGUUAACUCUGAACAGCUCUAUGUGAACGACUUUGAGGCAGUUGAAAAGGCUGUUGCCGAGCUUACUAACUGCACAGAAGACUGUUUAUAUGAAAUCACAGUUCAACCCAUUGUCAAUACAACAGUGGCAGAUUUGGGAUCAAUAUGUGGUAGCUCUGUGGACAAUCCAGAUGUUGCUGAAUACUACGAAGCUGUGCCUGUUGAUGGAGUGAUCAAAUGUGUGACUGUGUGUAACCAUCUACAUCCACAUCCUAAAACAUGCUACAAUAAUGGAAGCUGUAAUGUGUACAUGAGCAUUGGACCUCUUUGCAAGUGUCAAAAUGUGAAUUCCACUUGGUACCUGAGUGAUGACUGUAGCUUCCCGAUACAGAGGACUGCUUUCUACGCAGGGUUAAGUGUAACCCUUGCUUUUCUGUUAAUGUCUGUGGGAGCCUUGACUGCAUACAUUCUGAUCAACAAACACAAGCAAACACAGAGAAGAGACAUUAAAAAGGUGACGGUGAAUGAUUGGCUGAAUGAGGACUUUAACUGGUCCAGAUCCAGCAACCCAAGUAACAGAUAUCAUGCUGGAGAUUACAGAAACCCUUCAUACACAGAAGAAGAAUCAGCUGUCGGAGAGGAGUGCACUGAUAACAGACAACCUGUACCUUUCUACCAGCUGACUCGAGAAUCGAGCCCAUCAGCAAGCAUGCACUCUCCUUCACGAACAGCACACAGACACGAUUCUCUACUUUCGGAUGCUCGAAACUUGCAGUCUGCCGGUUGGCCUCAACCGGAUAUAUCCGAACAGCCAAUGAGGAUAGGCAGGCCUCGGAUCAGGACUUCUUGGGAUGCCUGAGCUGUGUACUGAAAAUUGACAGUCUCAACUGUUGAUAAUGAUGACUUUCUUUGACCUAUUUUUGCUGCCUAAUAUAAGCAACUAAAUCUUUAUAACAUUGUUUGAUUUAAUUAUUGAUUUCUUUACUGCAAGCCAAAUUGUUAAUUUAUAUUUCAUAUUUCUGAUUCUGUUAUGAAUGCUACCUUUAUAAAGUUUCUAUUCUGCAUCUGUGUUGAGGCUGCUCUCGGAGAUGUACUGAUCCAUCUCGGUGCUUGUUUGUGAGCCUGUAGUAAGUGGUGAUGUUGCAUUAUAACAUGCACAAACAUGAGGGGCACAGAGUUUCAUGGUCCAGUGUGAAAGGUUUUGUGGCAUGGUGUAGUUCCAUUUACGACCCCCUUGCCUCACACUCCAGUUGCAAGCAAAACACAUUUUUCAACAAGGGCAUAAAUCAUCAGAACACCUGUUCCUUUCAAUAAAAUAAAAAGUAAAUAAAAAAGAAUAAAAUAAGGAUAACACAACAAUUCUUAUUUUUAGGUCAU